UGUGGGGUGUAGCAAGAUGGCGGCGACGAAACGUUACUUCCGUUACACAUUCCGGAAGAAACACCGGAAGUAGACCACCAAGUAUCGGCGAUAAGACGUCUGAUGUCUGUAAGCAGAGUGUGCAGCUCACCUGUCCCCUAAGGAAGGCGGAUAAAAAAUAAUGUCGCUUCGGAGAGAACAGGUUUCCGGAGAGAACACACAGAAGGGAGCCUCGUGCAGCAAGACUCUGAAUUAUUACUGUGAUGUCUGCUCUGUACAGUGCACCUCAGUAGUGCAGCUGGCUGAACACGUCCAGGGCUACAAACAUAACCGUAUACUGCAGUCAAUUAAACCCGAGGAUGAGAACGAUGGAAGGCAAUUGGGCAACUUCCUGAAGGCCCACGUAAAAACACAGCCCAUUGUGGGCAUGGAAUAUGUCACAGAGGUGAAGAAGGACUUACAGUAUAACUACUCCUGCCAGCUGUGCAAAGUGGAGAAUGCCAACUUGAAGACAAUAGUUUUACAUCUCACCGAAUCAUUACACAAUGAACGUUAUAUAAGGGAACUUUUAACCUACUUAUUGCCCAGUUCCGGAUACAAGGCCGGCGAAGGUAUGGAGGACGCUCCACCAUCCAAACCUGAGAGUGACGGUAAAACGUGUAAAGCCUUCGAGGACGCUCCACCAUCCAAACCUGAGAGUGACGGUAAAACGUGUAAAGCCUUCGAGGACGCUCCACCAUCCAAACCUGAGAGUGACGGUAAAACGUGUAAAGCCUUGGAGGACGCUCCACCAUCCAAAUGUAAGAGUGGAAACUGUUCUCACUCAAAACUGAGUCCAUUACCACCUUUGGCCAAGAGGAGCAGGCGUUCCCCUGGCGGUGACCAGGAUGUCUUACCCUCAAUGGCACACAUUCCAAAGGAUGGGAGCUCACACUAUAAUAAGAGCCAGGCCAUUACAAUGGAUUGUACAGCUACACAGGAAUUAGAGUUCAGAACAAAUAAUGAAUUUUUUGGAUAUUUUGCUAAUUUUGUGAUCUCUGAUGAUAAAGAUGUCGUCUUCAUUCGGACAAUUACCCAAAACUGCAUUAAAGCAUUGAAACGCUUUCUUGAAGAAGAAGCAAAGAGGAAAAAGACCGGUCAUCAGCCUAAAGCUUCACUGACAGACACAAGCAGGACUGCCCGAGAAACACCGGGGAUUUUAAAGUCCCAUUUAUCAGAUUUUAAAACUAUCUUGCUCGAAGACAACUCAAAUCCUCCCUCAGACUUCACCCCUAAAAAUGAAGCCACUGACUUAUUUUUCAACAGUAUUAAAAACAUGGAUGAGUCCGAAGUGGUCAGAGAUUUCCAGAAACUUGUUGCAACAAAUCCUGAAUUUCAAGGAAUGGACAUCCCUUCUGUUAUCAGAUUCCUGAAGGAUUCUGGCAGAUUAAAGUAGCCUUGAUGCUGUGAAAAUCGUGAA